UCCAAUUCGAUCCCGCAACGUUGGCUGCCUAUCUUGCCUGGCAGUGUCCGAGUCUCCCCUCCUCCUCCUCCUUGAGGCUUCUUACAUGAUUCUUCCGCCCACUCCCCUCGGGCCUGUCAGCGCGGUCAUCAUCGGUCUUCUUCCCUCCGGGUUCCCCGUACCCUUCCAGGCACUCGAAUUCCGACCCGAAUUCGACCAGAUUCCCCGCGUCCACGACGAACCCGUCUUCCAGGUCAUGUGCUGAGCCUCUCAUCCUAGCCGUGAUAUAAUGUCCUCCGAUGCAGCGGCUUUACCCUCUCCACCUGACUUUGCACCGUGGGAGAACACCCCUCGCCGUCCUCAGUCCCUCGGUGGCAUGCAUUCGGGCGGGAGGUCAACCGCCGGACUAGGAUCGUAUCAGGCCUUCAGCUAUGGCUCCCCCGCGGGAUCUCAACCAGCACGGUUUCCAAAUCUGAAGGAUCUCCAGGAUGAAGCGGCAGCUCUUGACCUCAGCGGAGAUACGUCGCUUAGCGUUCUACUGGAGCGGGCGCAAGUGGCCAUAGAUCGAGCCCGCGAGCUCGCCGACACCGAGCAAGUGGAUAGGGCCUAUGUGCAAUACCUGCGUGCCUCCGAGAUUACGAUCAAUAUAAUCCCUAAUCACCCUGACUACCGAGUGACUGUCAAUAACCGCCCAGGAUGGUACAAACGAUUCAAGGAUCUGAUGAUGGCUGUGCGAAUGAAGCAAGGGACAAUGGACGACAUAAAACAACAGAUUCUAGAGAACAAUUUGUUGACCAAUGUCCAGCCUGCGGGGAUUCCUCUGUCGAACCCUUUACGCCCAAGAUCACAGAUGUUAUCCGCUGGACAUUUGCAGACUCCUAUUUCAAGAGGCCGCCCAACCGACGCUGGUAACAACGGAUUGCGAAUGCCUAGCCCCUCACAGUUCCAAGAGUCGGCUGAAGCAAACGUGAAGUUGAAUCGGUAUUCGAGUCCUGCAGGGGAUGCACUUGCUGAAAGGUUUGCAAAAUUAAAAAUGUCGCCGCCUGCUUCAACUGAUCGGGGCCCAACCACCAAUGGCCAAAAUGGCACUAUCUCGACCCCCCCAACUCAAGACCCUCCUCCUCGACCGUCAUCUUACAUGUCUCAAGGAGUACCUCCAAGGCGCCCUCUAGGACCCCGUAGCAUGGGCUCCUCUCAUAGCGUACCUACUUUACCUCCGAAGGUGCCGGUCAAUACGUCUCUUCCUCGCGCUCCAGACCCUGCUUACAGCCCAAUCUGGACCGUGCCCUCGCAGGGGCCCUCGAACCCACCCAGAACCUCGAUCGAGAGCUCUCGUCCUGUCAGUUCAAGGUAUUCUCAAUUCACGACAUCUCCUCGCGGCAGUCCUAGCCGUGAUGGCUUUAACGACAAUCCUUAUAGAUCGCAAACUCCCAACGGCAUACAUCAGGCCAAAGAGGUUAGAAGCAGUAGUGCAGACCUCCCUUACAGCACUAUAAUUGAGCCUCAGCAGUUACUGGACUAUAUGCGCAAAUACAAUAUUUUAUUGAUUGACGUGCGCUCACGGGACCAGUACGAUAGUGGCCAUAUCUAUGCCUCGUCGAUCCUUUGCAUUGAGCCAGUGGCGUUAAAGGAGAAUGUGUCGGCCGAGGAACUCGAGGAACGUUUGGUGGUAUCGCCGGAACACGAGCAAUCGCUAUUCGAGCGGCGCAAUGAGUUUGACAUGGUCGUCUAUCAUGACCAGAGCACGGCAUCUGUCAGCUACCUUGCCGGAUCCCCAGUUGGCACCACAGCUCCUCAUCUUCGAGCUCUGUAUGACACGCUUUACGAAUUCAAUGCUUAUAAACCAUUGAAGGAUGGAAGACCCCCGGCAUUGCUGCUUGGCGGGCUGGACGCAUGGAUCGAUCUCGUUGGCCAGCAGUCUCUUGCCACGUCUUCCACUGCUGCGGUGAUGGGGUCCUUGCUACCAAAGAAGCCUGUCAGAAACUCCGGGCGACCCCUGGGAAGAGUACCCACGAUCGUCAGUGCUAACUCGAGUUUGGAAGUGAGAAAGAGAAGACUACGCGAACUCAAGCCACUAAACCCUCAAGAACUCACUGAGUGGAUGGAAAAGUCGAAAACGGAGGAGAUCGACCCCGGGACCUAUGUCGGAGAGGAUGCACUCAUGGAAGAGCCGGAGGGCGAGGAAGAGCCCCCGGUGUCGCCAUUUGUGCACACUUAUGAGGAUUUUCUUCGUCGCUUCCCCGAACCGCAUUCAAUCCAACAGUCGAUGGUGGCACCACAUGUUCGGCCAGCAGGGACCCCCGCACCCAACUAUGCCACGCCUGUUCCAGUUGCUCCAUCAAGACCUCCACCUGCGGUUCCACGGCCUAGUUACAGUGGUGUUUCAGACGGCCGGCAGAUACAACCCACACUAGAGCGGCAGAACUCCGCGACCAAAACAGCCCUAUAUACGCCCAGCUCAAUGCUGAACCGUCUGAAGCUCCCCCGAACCGGACUGACGAAUUUCGGGGUAACUUGUUAUAUGAACUCGACCCUCCAAUGUUUGAGCGCAACAGUGAUGCUGAGCAAGUUCUUCAUCGACAAUCGGUUCCGGUACUAUGUGCAAAAGAACUGGAAAGGCUCCCAAGGCGUCAUGCCGGGGCUGUAUGCAAAUCUAAUCAGGUCACUUUGGAAGAAUGACGUAGAAGUGAUCAUGCCAACUUCUUUCCGAAACUUCUGUGGACGGCUGAACCAGGAAUGGGCUAUUGACCGCCAGCAGGACGCCAAGGAGUUUUUCGACUUUGCCGUCGAUUGUCUGCACGAGGACCUCAACAUCAACUGGCAGCGGACGCCUCUCAGGCCGCUGACCUUUGAGGAGGAAAUGCAGCGAGAGAGGAUGCCGGUCCCUAGGGUUUCUAAGAUAGAAUGGGAUCGGUACUGUCACCGAGAAGAAUCGUUCAUCUCUUCACUUUUCGCUGGCCAGCAUGCUAGCCGUCUGCGUUGCACCACUUGUAAGCGGACAUCAACCACGUACGAGGCUUUCUACAGCAUCAGUGUUGAAAUCCCCACAUCGGGAUCGGGCGACAUCUACCAAUGCCUUCGCAGUUAUUGCCAGGAGGAAUUGCUGAGCGGGGAUGAGGUGUGGAAAUGUCCGUACUGCAAGUGCGAGCGAGUUGCAACCAAACAGAUCAUCAUCACGCGGGCCCCGCAAAUCCUGGUAGUGCACUUCAAGCGGUUCUCCGCGUCGAAAACGCAGACCGCACGAAAGAUCCAUACGCCGAUCGAUUUCCCCUUGCAUGGGCUCCGAAUGGACGAUUUUGUGUUCUCGGCACCGAAUCAGGGGCCGGCCAAUGGAGCACCGCAAGACCCGAUCGCGGCCACAGCGCCUCCCUUCACGUAUGAUGCGUACGGUGUACUACGGCACAUCGGGGCCUCGAUGGGUAGCGGCCAUUACAUCUCGCUCGUACGGGACGCACAACGGCAAUGCUGGCGACGAUUUGACGACGAGCGGGUGAUGGAUUUCAACCCGCGCGACAUGCGGCACAAGGACCGGCUUCAAAACGAACAAGCCUAUAUCGUAUUCUACGAGCGGGUCCCCGCGAAGUAAGAAGACGAGACGGGCGCUGUGCAUUAUAUACUUUUAUUCGAUUCCUCGGCGGCCUUACCGGAGCGGGAUGGACCCUAAUGUAGCGUUUAUUCAUUGGGACAUGUCUGACAUGGGUAACUUUGCAUUGGGACGUUUGUGCUUGCUUAUUUUUGCUUAUGUUUUUUAUCUUUUUCUUGGAAGAAACGACGACACGCGCUGCAUGACGGAUGAUUUUUGCAUGUGACGAACUAUACCUUUUGUUUUCCAUAUCCCUGUGCGUUUGCAUCUUCUUCAGCACUUAUUUGGAUGGCACCAUUCAGCGGCAUUGAGGUCGCAUUCCGGUUCCCUCAGCGAUGUAUAGAUAGGCAGGCAGCCGUCCUCAGCUUAGUAUGAUGACAUGACAUGAUAGACAUUGGAUAGUUCAUCGUUACCAGUU